GCCUGCAAGCUCAGCUCCUGUUAUAAUGGUCUUAAAUUAAGAGCUUCAACAGAAUGUAUUGGUUUAAGUGAAAAAAAGUGAGCCUUUCUGCACAUCCAUUGCAUGGAGAGCUUGGCUGACCAUUACUUGCUUAUUCCGACAGAAGCCUAAACACCAGUCGUCAGUCAUACCGACAGCCUUAUUAGCAGGGCAACGCCUAACAUCUUGGUAUGGUAUCUCUUUAUUAUGACAACUGAUCCACUGGCACAAUGAAGCGAGCAAGGGAACUCUGUAAAACGCAUCGCAUGCAAAUAGUGCCUUGGCCCUCAGAUCUUCCCGAUUUUAAUUUCUUGUCUUCGAUUUGUGGGGAGAGGGCGACAGGAACUUGCAGUGAGCUAGCACUGACAGAUUGGGCCGAACCGCCGUCCUUCUGUUGAGAGAGACUGAGUGGUGGAGUCCAAUAUACGGGCUGUGAGAGAGCAGAGGAGAAGACUGGAUUCAGCGUUGCAGUAAGAAGUACUGGAAUACUGUAUCUGACAAGGGGCUUGAUUAGAGAGCGAGCAGCUACAUUGAGGGCUCCCAGCGGACCUGUCUCCUUAAGUAACUGGGUUCGACCGUCAGACAAGAAUCCGGUCAACAAAUCAAGCAGAACAUUUAUGACUUGUGGCAAUGGAGCCAAGAAGAUCAAAAAAUUUUCGGAAGUACAGCCUGCAACAGGCUGUCAGGAAUGCAGAAACCUUCAUUGAUAUUGACUUUGAGCGAAGAUCACUCAAUAAAUAUUCAGUUAUGACUGGAGGCAGCUGCAAAGAUGAAAAAGUGAAGAAGGUGUUCUUGAAAUCAGGGCAAGCUCGGAGUAUUGCUAGCACCUCUGUCCAAAGAGAAAAAGAAGAGGACCAGCAAGGAUUUUGGAAUAUGCAGAGGACUGUGCGAAAAAGCAAGACACAUGACUGUGUUGUGUCUAUGGCACAAGAUACAGAAUACACUCAACUGGAUAAGCCCCAAGAUAAUAAAAUAAUGACAUGCCCUGAUAAAAAUAAAGACAGAAUUGUUAACACCAUAAAUUUCUCCAAAAUGGCAAUGUCCUCUGAGCCUUUUGUUUUGAAUAGGCUGCGAGAAAGAAGGGCCACAUCCCAAUCUAACCAUUCAAAACUUGAGCUUCCAAGUCCUUCCUCUCAAUCAUUACCAUCAAUUGCAAAUUGCAUUACGAAUAGGCGGCUUUCACUGAGAAAACCCAAAAGGGGCUUAAGGGGUUUAUUUACCAUGAGGAGAAAUAGGCAAGAGAAAGUAACUUCCAUGGGAACCAAGGUCCAUAAAGCAGAAUCUAAAUUUUUUGGUGGUAGAAUGACAUUAAGACCACAUAAAGGCAUAUACAAAAGUUCAAAGAUUUUAACCCAUGCUGGUGAUUCUUUAGCACAGUAUUUUACAGAUAGUGACCCACCCUCAGAUUCAUCUCAUGAAUGUAGCAGCACACUCUGUGAAGAUGUUGCUUCUUUAAAGAGCUUCGAUUCCCUCACAGGCUGUGGCGAGAUCUUUGCUGAUGAAGAAAAUGCUGACCAACUGGACUCUGGUCACAGCUAUAAACAUGCGACUGAAAGGUGUGAAGAUAAACAGACCCCCUCCAAUGGAUCUUUCCAAGGUGGAGGGGAACAGCUCGCAUCGCCAGGACAGACAGAUGGCCUGGAACUAAAUAGGUUUUGGAAAAAUAUAGACAAUUCUGAGGCAGCACCCCAAAUCAUUCAGGAGCCACCCACAAAUGAAGAACAAGCACACUCUGCAGUACUCAAGGCUGGAGAAGAACCAUUAAUUCUUUCACCUUUGGAAUUGCAAAAAAUCACAGAGAAAGAAGAGGUUGAGGAGGCUGAAAAGCACUUAGAUGCUUCCGUGGACCUGGGAACACCACAGAGUGACCAUCAGGAAUCAACGUCAACCAGUGAUGAGGGAUACUACGACUCAUUUUCGCCAGGGCAAGAAGAGGACGAGAACAAGAUUGCACAAAGCCCAUGUGUGGGUCGACAAUUUCCCAGAGACAGUUACAGUGGGGAUGCCCUCUAUGAACUGUUUUCUGACCCAGAAGAACCCAGGAUAAGCCCCAACUUAGAUGAAGAUGCAUCCACAUUGCAACAUGCUCUGGCUCCACCCCAAACCCCAUUGUCUAUGUACAGUUUUUACAUAGGAGCUGAAGAAAAUAUGGCUCCAUCUCCUACUGCAGAUGUCAACUGUCAUGAAUUCUUCCAGGGUAGUUGGAAAGGUAAAGAAUGCUUGCUAAAGCUUUGUGAUACUGAACUUUCAUUGGCAAUGGGCCUUGUGAACUGGCUUAGGCAAAAGACAGAAACAAAUGUUUUUGGCAUCAAUGUUCAAAAUAAGACUGAAAGUCAUUGCCCAUUAAGGACUGACAGAACGAGUUCAGCAAAGGUAUCGGUUGGUUAUUCAGUUUCCUGCACUGAUACAGAGGCAGCAAUAGAAGGAAAUAGCACCAAUCCAUGCAAGGCCUCAGCAAUGAGACAGAAUGGAAUAAGUGAACCCAGAAUAAAUCUUCAUGAUCAACCUGGCAUUUGCCCACGUGUUAAAUCAAAUAAUGAUGAUGUUUCCUUGUCAACAGAUUUGAUGUCGCAGCAUGAUGAUCCUAUGUUCUCACAGAGUAAUCGUAACUCCACAGGCAAAGUUGCUCCAGGUACUUUGCUAAAGAAGCAGGCAUUAUUGACAACGCAACCACAUAGGGAGCUGAAGAACAUGACAGCUGCAACAGGAGAAACUACAGCAUCAAAACCUCAGAUAGUAGUGGAAGUGAGUAAAACCAGUCUUUGCCCAAACUGUAGGAAAUCAAUGGAUUCCAAUCUUGCUGAGGUUAUCCUGUGUUCUUCCUGCUUUGCUUUGGUCAGCACCCAUAACACCUCUGAACUACUAGACAAAUUGAGUAAAAAAGAUAGCCACUUAGGAUCAAAUAAAGAUUUUUGGAACAAUUCCAACAAUUCAGGGCCGCUAGAGGCAGAUGUUUAUGUGUCUCAGCUGUUGGAAGAUUGUGUUAGCCAUAUGGCAUCCUUGAAGGUGAACAGCCAAGAUGCUGGUCAGUUCUAUGAUGAAGCUGCUAGGGGAGACUGUCCGUUGUUUCUUGCAUUGCAAGUUGAUCAACAGAAUGAACAAAGCAAAAAUGUUAGACUUACAGGUACUAAAUUUACUGGAAACAAUGACGGAAGAGGUAAGGAAACAAAUGAUGUUCUGAAUAAUUCUGCACGGAUCAUCUGUAAGAAGACAAAAGAAGAAAUUUCUCUUCCAAACCCUGGUCUUAUUGGAAUAGAAUCAUCUUGUAAAAUUAGGAAAAUGUUACCCUCUAUCACAGGUGAUCAGUCUUGGUCUGUGAACAGUAAAGUCAAAGAGAAAUCAAUGUUAAGUAAAGAGAGACAAUGCAAUAAUGCUACAGUCUCAGAGAAAGAAAGUACAUGGACCUUCUGUUUGGAUGCAUGCAAUCAUUCUGAUGAACUACAACAUGAAAUCAUCCCUGGUGGAACAGCAGCGCUUGCAUGUCCCAAGAGGAAUCAUCAUAAUACCAGUCUUAGUGAAAAUGCAUAUACACCUCAACAUUCCUAUCUGCCUCUCUCCAAGUCUGUCUGCUCAGGUCUGCAAAGCUACAGUUGCCAAGUGGAAAACUCCGAAGGUUGCAAGAAGUCGCUUUCACAUCAAGGAGACCUUUGCUUUGCCUCAUUUUCUAGCUCACCUUCCCUUGCUUCACCUUCCAGACAAAAGCUAUUUGUUAUGCAGACUAAAUGUGGUUUCACACCAGCACAAGAGAACUGUAAUCACAAGGAAGAGGGGAAAAGUCUUGAGAAAGGAAAAAUAUCAAUGAAUCUCCAAGCUUCACACACUACCAACAUGGGAAGUGACAGGACCAGCACUCAUCACUGACCUACAAAAGACAAAGACAGCAAGUGAUUGUACUGUGCUGCGGUGGAAAAAAAAGUAAUAACUACUUUUGUCCCAUUUCAAAAUCAGUCCCAGUCUUUGGCCUUUCAGCUGAACAUAGUUGGGAGUCCUCCAUAUGUUCUAGGCAAGCUACUGCACGAAAGCCGCAUAUCUGGAAUGAUCACCAUAGCAUCUGGCUGUGGCUGAGAAUAACAACAGCUAUUAUUAAAUGCAUAAGUUGACUGGAAGGACCUCGCUUCAACUCCUGGCAAUUUAUACAGAGAGGGAGAGGGAGACUCCUUUUUCACUCUGUGCCACAGUUAUGCUCGAAAUGACUGGUCAGCAAUUGAGGUUGUAUUUUAGAUAGCGUUGUUCAAAUAUUCUGGGAAUCUUCUAAUGGGAGUUAAUUAUGCUGUGCAUUCACAAUGCAAAUCGGAGAACCAGUUCCCCAGUAAAUGGGAUAUAACAAUUGAAUACUCAUUUGAUUCCAUUUAUUGGCUGUAUUUGCACAGUGGUUGCUAUACCUGAAGGCACAGAAUUUAAUAUAAAACAUUCCACAUGUCUGUCACUCAUUUAAUUUGUUCUGUAAGUGAUUUGCUGGUUGCCAUAAAUGCUCAACCAAGUCCUAAAAUUCUCCAGCAUCUGCAGUUCCUAUUAGCUCUGUACCCUGAAGUAAAAGUACAUCCAAACCUUCAUUCAUCUGUAAACAAGGUUGGAGGCCGUCCAUAAUGUUGGCAAAUUACCUUUUGCACCCCUGAAACUCGGAGGAAAGGAAUCCAUUCAUGUAUUUCUGUGCACUAUUGAAAUCUUGGUUUGUUUUUACUAGCAUUACAGUUGGAUUGUCAGUAUUUUCUGGAAAUGGAGAUGACAGAACAAUAUUGGCUUUUAAAAUUAGAACAUCAGUAUUUUGUGGAGAUAGAGAUGACAGUUCAAUCAUGCACAGUGUGCUUGUCAUCGUGAUAUUCUGCAAUCAUGACUCAGUCCAGCCAUUUGAGCUUGUCUUAACACACAAUUACAUCAUGGGUGAUCUAUACCUCUACUCCCAGUGUUUCUCCUGAUAAUUUUAACUCUCAAAAUCAUCUAACUUGAACAUUUCAUUGGCAUAACAUCCAGGGUCUUUUGGGAUGAGAGUUCAUGUUUGAGUGGAAAAUAAAACAUUCCUGAUUUCACUCCUGAAUUUUUUUAGUCAUAAUCAAAUCCUGCAACAUCCAUGAAAAGCCUCAUUUCCUUGUGCCCUUCCCCUUCCCCUCCUCCAUUUCUAAAGGGUCCAGAUCCGAAACCUUAGCUUUCCUGCUCCUCCGAUGCUACCUGGCCUGCUGUGUUCAUCUAGCUCUACAACAGUGUGGAUACAAUAGAUCAAAUGUCCUCCUUCCACAGUGCAACAUAUCUGAGAGUCGGUGAUGACCAGAUGAUCGUAUUCAGUGAUAUAACUGAGGGAUAAAGAUUCUGAGACAUCAGGGAUAUCUGUUGUUAACUGUAUCAAUACUGUUUCCUCCUCUGUCCUUAAAUUGGAAAACUUAUUCAACUUUAUUUAACCUUAUCAAUAAGGUGCUGGAGCAGGGCUCUUGAUCUGAAGCUCAUCUGCUCUGACUGCUUUUCUUCUUUUUUAUUUUCUUUUCCCCCUCCUUUCUUGGUUUUUUUCCCUUUGUCUACACCUUUACUUACCUCUUGUUGGACCUUGGGCAGACCCAGUGUGCGGAACUUGGGUGGACCCAACGCAGUGGAGUAUGGGCCCUUGCUUAUUUUUCUGGGUGAGCACAUGCACUGGAUUUGGAAUUGGUGGCUCCUACAUUGGCAAGGUAGGUUCGGCAAUGAUAGAUGGCGCCUGAGGAUCAGCACCUUCAAUGUUGGUGGGAUCUGGGGUAAACAGUGGCAAAGUGGUGGCAGAGGAUGGCAUUGCAGGCAUCAUUGAUGGUGAUAAGCUGACUUAGGACUGAUGGGCUCUAUUUAAGCUGUAUCUUUCUUUUGUUUCCUUUCCUUAUUCUUAAAUUAUUCAAAGUGGCACCAAAUCAUGACGACCAAUGAAAGGUUUUCACUGUCUUUAAUUAUAUUCUUACUAUUAAAUGCACAUGACAGUAAAUCAUUCAUCCAUUCAAUUUCUUCCCUUCCCUUCUCACCAUCACAUGGUCUAUCAGAAAUACAUCCCUAACUUUCCUUAUUUAUCUGAGUCCAUUCCUGGGUAUAAGGCUAUCAAUAUUCAGUUUCUUCCACAGUUAAUUUUAUGACACUGUUUCAAAUGCUGCACCCAGUAAGGAUCCUACUCCUUUCUCUUCAGUUCCUCCAUUUCCUUGUCAUCUUUCUGACAAUGCAAAAUUCUAUAUCAUCACUAACAUAAAAGGAAAAUAUUGCGGGUGCUGGUUGUCUGAAAUAACAGGACAAACUAUUGGAAAACACAGCAGGUCAGGCAGCAUCUAUGGCAAGAGAGACAGAAUUACUAUUUGGAGCUGAUGGCUCUUAUUCAGAGCUGGUUUUGAAGUUCCAAAAAAGGAUUAUCUCAAAAUAUUAACUGUUUCUCCCUCCAUGGAUGCUGCAAGAUGCGUUGAGUUUUUCUAGCAAUUUCUGUUUUUGCUUUUAUACAAAAAUCUCUGACGUGUCCCUAAUUUUCCACAACUGAGAAUUCUUCCAUUAUCAUGGCUAACAUGGGCCUUGACUAACUCUGACCUAUCUCCUGUACUUCUGCUCUCAAGCUUCCCCCUUCCCGUCACAAUCAAGAUAAUAUCCCAUUGGCUGUUAACUUCCAUUUCACCGUCUGUACUCAAAAAAUCAUUUUGUGUCUUUUUGCCACUUCCAGCAUGAUGCCACUAUUAAACACAUCUUCCACCAUCUCCAAUCCCUUGUUGGCAUUUUAAAGGGGCCAUUCCUUCCACAACACUGUGGUCCACGCCUCUGAUUCCCCUAACACCUAGCUGCGUUUCAUGAGAUGAAAGUAGGUAUAAUAUUUAUCCUUUUACUUCCUCUCUCUCUCCUCUGCAUGCCCACCCACUGCCCCCACCACCCCCAAAAGGGCUCAAGUACUCUUUCCAGGUAAAGCAGUGAUUUACAUGUGCCUCUCCACUGUUCACAAUGUGAUCUGCUCUGCAGUGUGGAGACCAAAUACACAAGUGGGUGUUUGCUUUGCAGAGGAUCUCCACUCAGUGUGCAAGCUGAGCUUUCCUUGGUGUGUCAUUUUAAGUCUCUGCAUUGCUCACAUGAUGACUUCUCUAUCUUAGGCCUGCUGCUCCCAGUUAGCAAUGGUGACUAUUGAGUGGACACUGUGGCCAGGAUGUGAAUGAUUUUCCCCCCCAAACGAUUUUCACUGCCCUGAUUGGCCAUGGAGUUCAGCGCUCCAAUCCGCUGGCUGGGGACUUCAUUAAAUGUGAUCAAAAUGGAGGGCGUACUUUGAACACGUGCUGUGGCAAACAGUCCUACGAUCAGUUCUGAGACUUGACUAGAUAGCGAGGCAGGGGGGCUCCAAAAAGUCCUCAUGACCAUAAUGAAGAAAACCAUUUGCUCCCCCUCCCAACCUACCAUGUGUAGCCUGACAACUUACCUAACAUCUCUCCACCCACUCAACAACUCCCCCCUGCAUUCCUACCCACUCUCAACCCAAAUUUUAAAAAUUAAAAUAGGGUCACGGUCAGAAAAAGUUUGGGAACUACUGGUCUUUUGCAUGCCUUCUGAUUCUGCCACUUGCCUCAAAAGAUGUUGAUCAGAUGACCUUGAUCAGGCUAAUGGGGAGGAGUGACAGAUGGAGUUUAAUUUAGAUAAAUGUGAGGUGUUGCAUUUUGGUGAGGGAAGUCAGGGCAGGACUUGUACAGUUAAUGUUAGGGCCCUGGAGGGUGUUGCUGAACAAAGAGACUUAGGGGUACAGGUUCAUAAUUCAUUGAAAGUGGAGUCACAGGUAGACAGGGUUGUGAAGAUGGCACUUGGUAUGCUUGCCUUCAUUGGUCAGUGCGUUGAGUGUAGGAGUUGAGAGUUCAUGUUGUGGUUGUACAGGACAGUGGUUAGGUCACUCUUAGAAUACUGCAGUCAGUUCUGGUCUCCCUGCUGUAGGGAAGAUGUUGUUAAAAGUGAAAGAGUUCAGAAAAGCUUUACAAGGAUGUCGCUGGGAUUGGAGUGGUUGAGCUAUUGGAAGGUUUUGAUUUGAGGGUUGGGAGGCUGAAUGGGCUGGGGUUUCUUUUUCCUGGAGUGUUGGAGGCUGAGGGGUGAUGCUAUACAGGUUUAUAAAAUCAAGAAGGGCAUAGAUAGGGUAAUUAGUCAAGGUAUUUUUCCCAGGAUGGGAGAGUCGAAAACUAAAAGGCAUAGGUUUAAGGUGAAUGAGUAAAGAUUUUACAGGGACCUGAGGGGCAAUGUUUCCAAGCAGAGGGUGGUGCAUGUAUGGAAUGAGCUGCUGGAGGAGGUGGAGGAGGUGCGUACAAAUGUAACAUUUAAAAGCAUCUGGAUGCAUAUAUGAAUAGGAAGGAUAUGGCCAAAUGCUGGCAGCUUGGUAUGUCCGGUGGGCACUAAUGAGUUGGACUGAAGUGUCUGCUUCUAUGCUGUAUGACUCGAUGUUGCAGGAUUAACUGCUGCCACCUUUAUGUAAAUGGGCCCAUUAAAAGGUCCAUUUUGAUAAAAGCAUGCCUGGAUUAAGAUGUCCUUAGAAUUGCACAAUUGGUCAGAACCAGCAUGAGCCUGUCCAAAUCCAGCAAAUUUAUGAACAGAAAUUGCUGGAAAAUCUCAAGCAAUUCUGAAGAAAGGGCAUUGGACCUGAAAUGUUAUUUAUGACUUCUUUCCACAGUUGCUGCCAGACCUGCUGAGCUUUUCCCACAAUUUCUGUUUUUGUUUCAGAUUUCCAGCAUCCGCAGUUGUUUUGGUUAUUUUUGUCCAGCAAACUGUAUGUGUCAUAAUCUUCCUCUUUCAUGGGUGAACAUAUUGGCAGCAUGCCUGGGCAAGGCUCUGUGAACAUCAGGCAAACUUGUUUUCAAGAGAAUGGCACUGAAGUUAUUACAUUCACUAAAUGAGCAGAUAGGGCAUCUCAUCUGAAAGAUGACACCUCUUAAGGUCAAGCUUUCCCCCAGUUAUAACAGGGUAUUAUAUUAGGGAAGCUCUUCUGAGUGCCCCUUGUCAAUAUUUGUCCCUGACCCAUAAAAACAGACUAUCUAGUUAUUAUUGUAUACAGUUGUUUGUGAGACACUACUGUGUGCAAAGUAGCUGUGUCUUCACCACAUAAUAACAGCGACCACACUUUCGUGUACUUCAUUGGAUUAAAUCUUUACGACAUCUUGAGGAUUUGAAAGCCAACAUGUAAAUGUAAGUAUUUGUUCUACUGUUGGGAAGAGGUAGAAAUAUUGAAAUGCAAUUUAGAAACUGUACACAUCACUGUUUCAAAUCAAAUAGGACCUUUCAGAGAAGUCUUGCUUGUGGAAGGGAAGAUAUUAACGUUAUGAAAGUAAAAAGCAAACAACUUUCAAUCCUUAAUGUGGGGCAUAUUUAUAAAUAUUUGUUGAGAGUAACUAACUGCUGCAUAAAAUACUUUGUAGGUUUAGUUGUAAUACAAAAAAAACGAAACUGUACUGUUACAUCCUCUUCACAACAGACUUCGUGAAGAUACUGCCCAAAGGAUUAAACCUGAAAGGCGUGCUCCUGACAUAGACCAACACCUAACAAGAGAACUUGCAACAGAAUCAGCUCCAUGCAUUUUGACAUACAUACCCUUUGAGCAACUCUUCCAGAAGUCCACCUUAGGAGUUCAUCAGCACCUUACUUGCUGCUUGGUGCACAGGGUCCUUAUCAAAAUUUCAUGAGUUAACACGCUGUUGCCAUAAACUAUUACGUUUAGUUUAAGAUCAUCGACCCCAGAAAAGAGUAAAAUUUCAAAAUAAUCGUUUGGUAACGAGGUGGAGUUGAAGGGAGCCAUCCUGGACCAUGAAGGGUAAGACAGCAAAUGCAGCAAUAAAACAUGUGCUGGUUUUCAGCAAAUGCCACUGAGUUAGCUCUUUGACAAGCCAUCCAAACCUAAAAAGUGACUGUCUCCAGCUGAUAGGUAUAAAAUCGUCCUGCCUCACUCGUGGCAUUGAAAUUAAACUUCACAUUAAGAAAAAACAAUUGGAAUUUUGAAAUACAUAGAGACAUUUGCUUAAGAUAUUCGAAAUACUCACACUUUCAUUUUACUAUUCCAUUUCUGCUUUAUUAUUUUACUAUUUUCUCACUUGCUUAAUUGCCCUUUCUCCCACUUGUCUUCCCUGCCUCUUCCCUCCCAUGACUGUUUCUCUUCUCAUGUUCUUUUUCCUGUCUCUUCUCAUCUUGAACAACAACAGCAAUUUAGAUUUAUAUAGUGCCUUGAACUUAAAUCAUCCUAAGCAGCAUUAUAAGGCAAAGUUUGAUAUUGAACAACAGAAUGUUUUGAGGACAGAAGACCAAAAUACCAUUCAAAGAGCUAAGCUUUAAAGAGUGCCUUAACAGGGGUGGAGAGGCAAUGAGAUACAGAGAGGAAAUUCCAGAGCUUGGGGCCUAGGCAUCUGAAGACCAUCAAUGAUCGUGUGGUUAAAAUCAGGGAUGUUUUAUUCUCAUUGCUUUUCAGUCACUCUUUUCUCACUGUCUUCGCUCGUUUCACUCACUCUAGACUGGAGAUUAUCUUUUUCUGUCACGUGAAGUUUUAGAUGGAGUUUAUAUUCUGACCUGAGCACACAGACAAUUAGCACAAUUAGAGGGUGCAACAGAGAAAAAUAUGUUUGCAAAUUAAAGUGAGUUCUUUUCCGCAGUCAGAUCUAUUCCACAGCUACAUCUGCUGGAAAUUAAACCCUCCAAACAAUAUGAUUAACCUUCUGGAAAAUAUCCAUGUGGUUUCCUUGAAAAAUAUAAUUGAAACACUGCAGAAUCAUCUCAUUUUGAUUUUUAGAAAAGCCCACAAAUAAAGACAUUUAUAUGCGCAAAGUAAACAUCCCACUCUAAAUAACAAACAUGGUAUAGCACUGCAAUGUGGAGCUAAGUGGAGGAAUAAAACAUAACACUUAACAGCUUUUAUCAAAUCACAUGGAUGAUUGCCUGUGUUGAAAUGAGAAGUGUUGGAUGGGCAGACUACAUGGGAUGAUUUUUGACAGCAUAUCACAACACUGGCCUUAGGAUGCUUGCUACUUAGACACAGCUUAAUCACUUUUUGUCCAAUCUUUUGCAGUGAAAAGCAGUACGUCAUCUCAAACUGAUUCAGCCAGCCAGCAGCAGUAAGUUUCUCCUUUGCUGCCUUUGAAUGACUGAAACAGGGGAUUAAUUAAAGAAUUAACUGCUGCAAUGUCAUAGCAGAGUAUCAUCCAAUAGUACUGGACUAUCUGCAGCACGGCAUCAUAAUAGUCACCACAGAUAAUUUUUAUGUUGGUUUUGAAUGCUGUGUUCGAAGAUUUAAAUUUUUAAAAAUUACAGAAGAAUAGUGAAAGAUGCAUUGUCACACAAUAAUGACACAGUGGUGACUAAUUAUUGCCUGUAACAUCAGGCUGAAGUUUUGACAUUAGAUAGUGGAUGGUAAAAAGAAAGUCCCAGUGUACAGACUUUCACAUGUACAACACCUUUCAUGGAUAACAUUACAAGUUAUCGUAACCAUGAAAUUUAUUGAGACUAAACUAUCAGGGCUGUAGAACAACACCCCCCCAAUCUCUCUAAUAAUUUGAAUGAGUGUACACAAAGGACUUCAUUGCAGUUCCAAUUGAGAAUAGAUUUAAAUAGCAUUGUUUUUGAUUAUUCAGUUAAUUUAAUUGCUUGCAAGUUUAAUGUCAUUUUAUUUAUUUGCACACUCAUUUCAAAUGAACUGCAAUAUUUUGUAAAUCAGAAUAGCACCAGAUCAACAUGAUAGUCAUGUUAUGAACUUUGUAAUGCUUUUUUGUUCCAAUUCCCAAUUGCUGAAAAUGGGAUCCAGACCUUCUCUUGGAAAUUGACUUGCAAGGUGUUCUUAUUCCAAGAUAGAUACGUCCUCUGUAAGUGGUUGUGUACAGUAUAUUGAUGUUCUGCACAGCAUUUGAUAUAUAUUCAUUGUCUAAAAUUGAGACCAAAGCCAGAAAUAAUUUUAUGUAUUUUAUUAUUAUUGUGAAAUGCACAGCUUGGGAAAUGACCAUCAGCAGAGGGGGAAUCAUGCAACAACCAGUUCAGAGCAGGGGCAGGAUAGACAGAGCCAAUUCAAACUUAUUUCAUUACAGGGUCUUGAUUUUCACCAGGGUGAGAAUGAAAUGCUGUUGUUGGAUAUUCCAGGUGGCAAGAAGAUAGGGCCCUCUUGUAUAUUAAAAGUGUGACUUAUCUUCAAAGCACCUAGUCUGAUAUCAAAACCCCAAAAAGUUUUUGCAUGCAACCAUUGAAGGUUAAUAAUUUCAAACAGUAACAGCGUCUGAUAUUGCCAUUCCCAAUUUGGGCACAUUGCUCUGGCCUGUAAGACUGUAACUUAAGGGCAAUCUUUAAAUCCGGGGUGUGGAGAGUAUUUGUAUAACACUGCGACAGCAGUUGAAAUACUGCUUGACAGCAACAGCUUCACCACAGAAUACUGUUAACUUUGGUUUUUAUUGAUUGUUGAUUCUGUUAAUUUUGAUUUUCUUUUAAUAUUUAACUUCAAAACUGUGAUUUUUGCAGCUGACUUUUCAAUCCACAGAUGAAUAAUAUCAUACUGGUUAUGUGUUUUAUUUAAAGUACAUUCAACAGAUAAAUGAUCACUAAUUGGGUAGAGCACCUCGUUGGUAGCAGGAGUGCUCUUAGGUAAGGUAAAUGACACAUGUGCAGCGUAGGACGCUCCUCUGAGGUGCACUAAGAACUAUAUUUAGUAAUAGUGGUAGCUCUAUUCUAUACUGACUUGGUUUAUUACCUGCAAUGUGGAGAUCAAGAGAUGAGAAAGGAAGCAAACAUUCCCUAUAUUGAUGAGCAAGCAUGUAACAAAAAAUGGAAAAAUUAGUUCACAGAAAAGAACAGAGAACUGCUGCUGACUUGUGACUAAUAUUCUACACAUUUUAAAGCGUAUUACUCUGAGGGAUAGAGAUGUCACUAUUUCACAUCUGAACAUUAGUACUGGCAAAAAUAUAAACCCAUGCUCUAUUUCAUGGCAAGCACUAUAGCAACAAAUUCAUUUGGCUCAUCCAGUUCAUCCUUCCAAAAGAAACUACAAUUGUUGUGCUGUGUAGUAUUGCAGAGGUUAAUUCUGAUUAUUUGGAAAAUCAUGUUCAGUUUAUUCUAAUUUGCUUUAUUAUAAAGCAGGUAUAUUUUUCACACAUAAGCUUUUAAUAACCAUAGAGUCUUAAUUUUGGGAAAUUAUUUCAGUUUGAUGCAACUUUACAAACUCUCCCCCUCAGAUUUAGUAUUGUUUGAUCUACCAGAUGCUGUUACCUACAUCACUGUAAAUCUGAAUUGGUCAUUCCCAUUACUGUACCAUAUAUCACAAUUCUAGCGAUUGUAGAGUGAUCAAGCUUUACGUCUGUAAAUUUAAUGAGUAGUUUCUGUACAGUAAUUGGAUGUCUUAGUAACUAAAUAUUUCAGAUUUUUAUUGUAACUUUGUCAAAAUGGUAGAUCCUUUUUCGCAAGUUUUACUGAAAUGUAGUUAUUUGGAAUAAUUUUAAUAUACAUUUUUAAGUAAUGAAAGUUGAUUUAUUUAUGUAA